GACGCCACACAUACACACAAGCACGCACACGCACUCAAAGGCAGGCAAAGCUGUGAUGGACAAACUUGAAGAGGAGUCACUGUUGGACCAAGAGGAUUUCCUUGUUGGGAGAAACCAGCAGGGGCAGAAUGAGGCCAGAGUGGAACCUGUGAGGGAAGCAGUGGAGGAGGAGACACAGGAGGAGGAGGAGGAGAAUGGUGUGGAGGAGAACAUCAGUGGGGCGGUCGCAAUAUCCCAGGGGAGUGGACCCCAGCGAAUACCGUCUUUGCACACAUCAGCCUCCUUUCCUCGAUUUACUGGGGAGCGCACACCCCUCCUCCGCCCCUCUCCCUCCUUCGUAGGGCUGUAUGGCACUUCCUGGACCACCCGUGUAGGCCCGUCUCCAUACACAGCUGAUAACAAACCAAAAAGACGACCCUUCCAUCAUGCCGUGGCCACCAGCGAGUCUGCCCGCCGCACUCAGCCUCCGCCAGACUCCACCAGUGGGGAUGCUCACCUCUACAACCGCUACAGAUACUACUCCCGCCUGCGUGCUGAUGUACACCCCAGCGAACAGGCUCUGGUGAUUCCAGACCACAUUGUGCCUCGGGAGCUGUUCCUGCCGUACAUUCCUGGCCAUGUUCCUGAUGCAGAUGGCAAGCAGGCCUCUCACAUCACCAUCAUUGCCAUCUGGAACACCAUGAUGGGCACCUCCCUCAUGACGAUGCCGUGGGCAUUUGGACAAGCUGGGUUCAUUGGCGGUAUUGUCAUCAUGCUGGCGAUGGCUGGCAUUGCCCUCUACACUGCCACUCGCCUCCUCACUCUUCAAAAGACCAUGGGUCUGGAGGGGCCAUCACUGGAGCUAAGUCAGGUGUGCCAACAGCUGUUGGGAGGUAUGCUGGGGCGCAUCACCGAGGGCCUCAGUGUGACCUUCUCUGUGCUGACACUGGUUGGGGCACAGGUUGUUUACUGGGUCCUCAUGUCCAACUUCCUCUACAACACUGGAGAAAUUAUCUAUGAUGCUGUACAUGGUGAAAUUCAUGAUAACUCCAGCCAACUACUUUGUCCUCCAAAUGUCACUGCUCGCGAUGACACUGUACACCAGCAGCCAGAUGCAACAGGCUUCCAUAGAUGGUGGCAGCAAGACUUAACUGUGCCUUUGUACCUCAUUGUGCCUUUCAUCUUCCUCCUCAACCUGCGUGAUGCCAAAAUCUUCACUUACUUCAACUCCCUUGGGGCUGUCUCAGUAAUGGUGAUGUACCUGUUUGUCAUUGUCAAAGCUGCUGGCUGGGGUAUCAAUAUUGACUUUACUGACCCCACUGACCCCUUGUAUGUCCCUCUUUUUAAGAACUCCUUCAUGUGUCUGACGGGAACACUCUCUCUAGCUUACUUCAUCCACAACUGUGUUGUCACCAUCAUGCAGGGAAAUAGACACCAGGAGAAUAAUGUGAGAGAUUUGACAAUAUCAUAUUUCCUGGUGGCGGCGACGUACAUUCCAAUUGGCGUCCUGUUCUACACCACCUUCCCACUCCCCAAGUUCUGUGUGGUGGAUAACUUCCUGGACAACUUCCCCCCACAUGAUGUCGUGCUGGCGGUGGUUCGUGGGUUCCUCUUCUUCCAGAUCCUCACGGUGUACCCGCUGCUCUCCUUCUUCAUCCGUAACCAGCUCUUCACCUACUUCCUUGGGGCAGGGCAUGAAUUCCGGCUAUGGCGUGUGGUGCUACUCAAUGUUGUGUUGGUCACCAUGUCUGUGCUGGUGGCUAUUCUUUUCCCCAGUAUUGGCUUCAUCAUCAGGUGGGUUGGUGCCAUAGCAGGGCUGGCGUACAUCUUCAUUCUGCCGUGCCUCACUUACAUGGUGGCUUUGUACACCAAGAACAGACUCAGCACGCCUCAGAUCAUCCUACACUCCACCAUCAUCAUUAUUGGCAUUGGUAACUUUGUGUCGCAGUUCUUCACAGAGUAACCAUCUCCUCUGGGCUUGUCAGUCUCUGUGUCAGUCUUUCUUUAGGAACCAACUUGCUCAAUUUUUAUUCCAUUUAGUGUUGCUGCCUUGCGACUUCUUAGGUGCAUCUUUGAGGGGGUCUGACUGUCUGCCAAGGAGGUUUAGGUCAGGUGUGCUUGUGUCUCCUUCAAGUUUUGCAUCAGAACUUAUUGGUAAAGAAAUAGAAUACACAAAUAGCUUAAAAAAUCUUCCCAGAAACAGAGAAUGAAAUGGUUACAAUUCUUUGAGAUGAUCAGUGAAAAAAUACACUCAAAACUGAUUUUGUAAGAUAACACUUCCCUUUCGUAACCAUUUGCAUUUGCAAAUAAUAGAAUUUCUCACCCCACCAAAAAAAUAUAAAAGAUAAACUCAAGAUAUACUCAAAACCUUGUGAUAUAACACCUGUCUUUCCUAACCAUUUGCACUCACCGCAAAUUAUAGAAUUUCUCACCUUAAUAAAAGUAAGAUGUGCUGAAGUGAGGAAUUUCAAAAGGUACAGUUCAGGCCAGAAAUUGUCACAAAUUAUUAACUUUCAUUCACCAGACUACAACAUUUCCUUCUUCUUUACUACUGGACUCAUUCCCGUUAAAUUUACAUCGUCACUUCUGUCCUGAACGGAAUGGUCAGUCUGCCACCAGUAGGUAAUGGCAGACUGAAGGUGCUCAAGUCAUGACAAUUAAAUGCUCUACACAGUAACAUCCAGAUCCUGUGGGUUCUGAUGCUUCUGUGUAUUGAAUAUGGUUGGAAGUGUGUGCUUAGAAUUGUGAAUGUGAUUUUAUUGGUCUUUUUAUUAUUUUUUCCCAGCUGUUCCACCACACAGUUAGAGAUUACCUGGAAAUGUAUAUAUUUAGAGAUUAAUUGUGAUAUGGUUGAUGUUUUUACAUAUAUAUUUUUUUCUUUUAACUGUUGCACAAAGUAUUCCAGUGUAUGUAGGAAAAUAACAGAAUUUUAAAAUGUAUGACUUGUGAGAAACAAUGUUCAUUAGGGAAAUUUUUGUGUUUGUGUGAUUUUGAUGUUUUAUUGGCAUUUUUAUGGUAUUUCAUGACUUCUUUUAUCAUUAUUUGGAUUUAUGUCUUCUUGUUAUUCUGUCUUUCUGAAUCUGAGGUCAGUCUUUUGUUUAUUAUUAUAGAAAGUGAGGUGAGUUUUUUUUGUGUUUUAUCACCAUUGAUGGUAAGCGUUCAGUAUUUUGACCAGAACCUGUGAUGGCCGUCUCAAACAAUGAAAAGUCUAUCUAUAUAUUUCACAGCAUCCCACACUUUCCAGUAUCUAUAAUUAUAUAGAGUAAUGAUACCUUUUCUUUGAUACAUUUUUUCUCUUUUCUCUCUAUCCAUAAAACUCUAAACAUGAGAGAUGCAUUCCGAAAUCUGUCACAAUGUUGUAUUCAGUACUUAAAAACUCCUUCCCUUAUUUUGUAUAAAGUGUGAAAACAGUAGUGGAAGUCCCAGCUACUACCUAAUAUGAAAAUUAUUAUUUUAUAGGUGUCCUUUUUAGCAGUGUGAGAAAGUGUACUUAUUUUUUUUCUUACUAAAUUCCACUCUCUCUUUUACAAAUCUGAGAGAAUAUUAAUAUACACUAAACUCUUCAUCUAGGUAUUGGUAGAGCCUGAAAAGUUUGGUGUACUUAGUUUUUUUUCUCAGUUCCGUCCACUCUGCUUCCACCAUUUUGAGAGAAUAUUAUUCUCUCCCUAAAUUCUUAACUGAGCAUUAGUGGAAUCUGAAAAGUUUGGUGUACCUAGUUUUUUUCUCUCCAAGUUCUAUCCAUUCUGCUUCUAUUACUUUGAGAAAACAGUAAUACACACUAGGCAUUGAUGGAGUUUGAUAACUUUGGCAGCAGACCUCACUGUGUUUACUCACUUUCUUUCUGCCACUCUAAAGGAAAAGAAAUAUACUUUUAACCCUUCUAGUAGUACAGCAUUAGUUUAAUUUUAUUUGAAUAUCAUUAGAUCAUUCUUUGAAAUUAGGAGUUUUCACAAUCAGUUAAAACCAUCUACAGUUACUUAUCCCUUUACAAUUCUUACAUAAAGGAGAGAUAGGAAUUUACUUUAGGACCGAAUGGUCUAAACUUGAACUGUGCCUUAGUGGAGUAUAAAAAUCUAGAAUAUGGAACUUAAAGAAAUCAUAAGUAAACAUUCUCACACCACUACAAAGAACUCAUCAAACGAGUCAACAUGUAACCUUGGAUCUUCAGUUUCUAUUAGUCUCAGUGGAUAAACUAAAAAUAAAACACCUGGCAUUAGUUAAUUAGUGCCAGUAAUGUUCUUGUGCAGUGUAUAUCAAGGCACCUUACCUGUGUCUUGGUGAGCUGUGCAGUGUUGGAGCCUCUAGUCAGUGCUAUGUUUGGCUGCCCCUCUGUUGGUUGGCCUCUUCCAGCUUUUGGGGGGAAGGAAAAGUUCUCCAUCAGUAACUCAGUUCCUCAAAUGCUGGUGUGAGGGGAAAGAUUUUGGUGUUGUUGGCCAUUUGUUUAAUGUUCUGAUUCGGGUUUUUGUUAGUGAUUGUUGAGUUUGAUUGUUUAUGAGUGCUGGAGGUUGGAAUAAGUAGUGUAAUAAGAAUUGUGGAGUAAUAUUAAGGAGAGAGAGAGAGAGAGAGAGAGAGAGAGAGAGAGAGAGAGAGAGAGAGAGAGAGAGAAUGUGUUUACCUAUUUCUAAUAUUAUGAGACUAAGUCAAGUUUGUAACAUCCCGCCUUUAAACACUGAAUUGUGAUAUCAGUGUGUGUGUGUGUGUGUUUGUGUGAGAGGAGAGAGAGCUUCACUAGUAUCUAAACAGUACCAGACUUCAGAUAAGAACAGAACACAAGGAAAGCCGCAAGAAGCCAGUAGGCCUAGAUAGUUAUACAGCUGCCAGAUUUUGAUACAGAAGACUCACUACUGAAGUGGAUUUCCUUUACUGAUAGGGAAAUCCUCACGAUUAGGAAGAAACUGCCUCAUGUAUUACUAAAGCCCAUUACUGAGGACGUUUUGAACAUUCCUUACUUGGGGAUCUUGUGUGAAGUUUCUGUGAGUUGCUUGAUUAUUUUUCUUAGUUCUGUUAUGUGUUUAGUGUUGUCAGUGAUGGAGGGUGCAAGGCAAGAUUAUUCCUUACUUGUGGGACCUUGUGUGAAGUUUGCUUGUUAGUUUUCCUUGGUUCUAGCUCAGUGUUGAAGAGUGUGAGGUCUGUGAGUCUGUUGUUUUCUAUUCUACAGGGAAGCCAAGAGGACAGGAUGUUACAUGGAAAGGAUAUUAACUGUGUAUAUAACUGUAUUCUCAGCUUCUGGGAAAAAAUUAGAUUAUAUUUUCAGUAGUGUGUGUAUGUAUUUUAGCAAGGAAAAAGAUCUUAUGUAUGUACGUAGAUAGAGGUCUAUUUAUGUACUCAGUUGUAAUGUGUAUAUACUUUGACAUGUCUAUUCUUUAUUUUUAUUUUUAUUUUUUUUUAUUAUUUAAGAGUCCUUCACUUCCUGUUUCUGUCCUUCCUUUUCAUUAUCUUUCUAUUUCAUUGUCUAUUUACUCUCUUUUUUCCCUAAUAAUUUAAGUUUCCUUCAUAACUUCUUGAUUCUGUCUUUGUCUUUUAUUAUCUUUCCAUCUCUUUACCUCUCUCUCUUACUUUCUGAUCCUAUCCUUCUCUUUCACUAUCUUUCUCUCUGAUUAUCUAUCUCUCUUUCUUUCUAAUUCUUUCCUUCUCUUUCAUUAUAUUUCCAUCUGUCAAUCUGGCUCUCUUACUUCCUGAUCCUGUCCUUAUCUUUCAUUAUCCCUCCAUCAAUUUACUGUUAUCCAUUUACUUCAUCUCUCACACAUUCAUUACUUAGGUUGUCAGUGCAAUUCUCUCACAUCUUAGUGGGAGAGUGGUUGUUAAUUUGCACUACCACUGACUGCAAUGAUUGGGUGGGAAAAAAAACAUUCUCUAAUACUAAUCUUCUUUCAAAAAACCACACUUGUAAUUCCUCACCCAACAAAUGCUUUUGUAAAUUCCUUUCUUCUCCCUUUUUACAUAUUACUGAAAGCUACUGAGUGUUUUUUGUUUAACAAAUGUGUACCAAAUAUUUCCUUUCCAUUUUAUUUUUUUAUGACUUGCUGAAGAUACAUGUUAUUUUUCUAUCAAGGAUGAACCACAUAUUCCACUGAAGUAUAUAUAUUUUUAAUGUUUUUUUAUUUUUUUAUUCUGAGUUAUUUGUCUUAUGUCAGAAUUAUUAAGCCAUUCUUUCUGAUCUUACUGUGCAACUCCCUUUUGUCCUCUCAACACACACACACACACACACACACACACACACACACACACACACACACACACACACACACACACACACACACACACACACACACACACACACACACACACACACACACACACAAAUAAACAGACAGAAUGUGCACACACACACACAUACACACACACUUUAGUUGAAUGAAUAGUCUUUUUAAAACUCCAAAAUACUCUAAGUAUUAAUAUUCAUCUCAUUGAUCUAUAGCAUAAAGUAUUAGAAAUUUAAAUCUCAGUAUAUAUUAUAAAGUAUUAAAGGUUGAUCUUAACUGUGUAUAACUUGAAUAUAUAUAUAUAUAUAUAUAUAUAUAUAUAUAUAUAUAUAUAUAUAUAUAUAUAUAUAUAUAUAUAUAUAUAUAUAUAUAUAUAUAUAUAUAUAUAUAUAUAUAUAUAUAUAUUAUAAAACUAUUGAUAAGAUGAUAAGUGUGUCUAUUUAGUUGAGUAAUUUGUAUGAUUCUGUCCUCUUUUCUCUUGUAUCCAGUCCUCUGCUCUCCCUCUCCCCUUCCUCUCCCUCUCCCAUAAUGGCCAACAUGUUAAUUAAUCCUUUGACUGCUAAGCCAUCUCAUCUCAUUACACAUAGUAGUGAAAAUUUAAACAAAAAUUUUUAAGGGUGCUACUGACAGCAAAAGGAGUGAUGGUGUCUUUCAAAACUCUUAAUGCUUCUUGUAUUUUGGCUCAGUAACCUUUGGCACUCCAGUAAAGAAACACAUCACUCUGGCCUCAGCAGUUAAAGGGUUAAGAUGGCAAACGUAACACUGAUCCUGGAUAACUCUGUACUGUGUUGUGAGUGGCUGUCUUGGCAAGGAUGACACCCAUGUUUUGUUUGAGGUUGUGGUCAGAAGUCAGGUUACCAUAGUCACUGUAUUUUGUGCCUUUCCAUCAUCAAAAGUUCUGUGACAUGCUGACUGCUUCCUUAUAAAACCUGACAGUGUGUGGAAAGCCAAGUAAUCUACAUUCACUUCCGUAUUCUGUGCUUUUCCUUAGUAAAAAAUUCUGUGCCAUACUGUCUCCUUAUAAAAUCUGACAGUAAACAGAUUAGCAGAUUGAAGGAGUAAAGACUGAAGGAGGAUGCUUAACACAGUGGAAGUGAAUGUGGCAUGUUACUGAUCAAGACUACAUCAUCCUCUUACUGUUCUAAACCCUCAGGCUGAAAAUAAUGUGUUGCAGAAUUGCAUUCACCAAAGGGCUUUUUAGUUCUGAAGAUGUAGUUGUCCAAUCUGCUUUUUUAAAUUUUUAUUUUAUUUUAUUUAUUUAUUUUAUUUGUAUCAUUAGUUUAUGCAAUUCAGUAUCUCAUUAAGACUGGUUGUUAGUUAUAUUGAUACAAGUGUUCAAAUGUUAGUUAUUCAGAUUGGAAAAUAUUACUUGUCCUGCAGCUGUUUUCAUUUUUCAAGGUUGUAUUCAUUAUCUUAACUCCUUUUACUGUGUCCUUUCUACUGUGUCCUUUGUACUGCCACAAACUGCAAUGGAAGUGAUGACUAUGAGUGAAAAUGUCUUGAUCUGUUCUUCUCCAGACAAAUGUUUCUUGUAUAUCACUUAUCACCAUUAUUUCCUCCCUUAUCUGUCUUCUGUAUCUUUUCUGCAUCAUUUUACUUCCACACCCUCACUGAAAUAUUCUCAAACUGUCCAUCUCUAAGCAAACAUUUAUAUUUCUUUCACAAGUUCCUUUCACUUUUCUCCUAACUAGUAUAUUCUUUAACACUCCAUACAAACACACACAUUUAUACAUUACUUUUGCCAAUACACACCCCCCUAGCUUUUUUACAACUAUUGACACUCCAUACACACACACACACACACUAUCUUUAGCACACACAUACAUCACUCCCUUUCUCUUCACCCAAGUAAUUCCCUCCAAUAAGUUUUAACACCUUGCUUUCACCUCCUUUACAAUACCUCUUACAAAUGUGCACUGAAAUAUUGGGACAUUUCCUUCACCAAUCAUCUCUCAUUUCCUGUUUGUCCAAGUCAUUCUCCCUAAUUAGUUUUCCUUCCUCUUCACACCUGCCCAUAAUAACAGGUGAUAGGCCCCACUCACUCUAUAAAUCCUGAGUCAACACCUGUCUUUCCUUCCCUAAUUAACUUGGGUUUGUGUGUUUUUAUUUUAUGUGGAACGUAAAGGUAUUUAUUAGGUUUCCAUAAAUUUAUUCUUCGAGUAAAUGGUCUGUUUUUUCUAUAGGAAGACCAGUAUGUGUUCUGUUUUUCCUGUAAUAAUACUUCAUUACCUCUUCCUCAUUAGCUAUUUAUUCUAUCCCAAACACCACAAGAUCUUAACUUACAGAAUAUUGUUACUUCAAUAAGUGUCCUGUCUUUCCUGUUAUAACUCUCUUCCUUCCUUCCUUCCUUCCUUCCUUCCUUCCUUUGUUUCUUUCUUUCUUUCUCAUCAGUUCUAUCCCAUACACACCACAGAAUCUCAGCUUCCAGAGGAUUUUUACUUCCAUGUGUCCUGUCUUUCCUGUAAUAAUAUUUUACUUCAUUUCUUUCUUCUUUCCUUUCUUUCAUUCUAAUCAGCCACUUAUUCUAUUCCAAACACAAUGGAAUCUUAACUUACAGAACAUUUAACUUGUAUAAUUAGUCUUUCAUUAAGUUCCCUGUCUUCCCUAUAUAUCCCUCUCUUCAGCUUCAUGUUCUGUCAUAAAUCCUGCAAAAUUUUAACUUCCAGCAUGUUUCACAGUAAGAGGAAGUGUUCAAUCUGUUAAUCUGUUACGGGUAGUGUCACUUUGUCCUCUCAGCCCUCCAGUGUUUCCUUCCCUCCUGUCCAAGGAUCACUGCAGUACAUUGUUACAACCUGUGUCUGGAGGCAUCGAUAUGAUAUUAUUGCAUACUACAUUGUAUCUUGUUUUGCCACAGCUGAAUACAGUGUUCAUCUGAUAUGUUACUUUGUAUCUAAAACGUACGUAUAAAAUUCUAUGCAUCAAG